AUGGAUCAUCGAGGGGGAGAUGAUCUCUGGGACAUCGCCAUGAAUGGACUCGCUGAGCCCAGAUACGCAAAAAUCAAAAGAAAAAAAGAAACUGUAGAAAGAUACGGAAUUGGGGAAAGCCCUGGAAAUUUUGGGUUUUCUCUUCCUGCGUAUACGAGUCCGCUGGAAAUUGAGUCUCGGAUCGAGAGGGUCUCAAAGAGGCCGCUUCCUGCGAGUCCCUUCCGCGUCUUGGAUGCUCCCUCCAUUUUGAACGACUAUUACCUGAACCUUCUCGACUGGAGCAGAGAUGAUCUCGUUUCUCUCGGGCUGAGCGAGCAACUUUACCUUUGGAGUGCAAGGACGAAGUCCGUCUCCCAUUUGGUCGAUGCCCCGGAGAAUCACCACAUCUCCGGCCUCUCCUUCUCCCGGGAGGGUCUUCUCGCAGUGGGAACCUCCGACGGAACAACGGAAAUAUUCGAUGCCUCGCAGAAUAAGAAGGUUCUUUCCCUCCCGAAGAGAGUCCUGCGCGUUUCCUCCCUCUCCUGGGGGAGUGGGAUUCUCUCCGCGGGGGGAAAAGACGGAAACAUCUUCAACUACGACGUACGGGCGGGGGAGCACGUUUCCAGCUUCCUCGGGCACUCGCAGGAGGUUUGCGGGCUGAAGUGGGACGCAGAUGGGACGUAUUUAGCGAGUGGGGCUAACGAUAAUAACGUCUGCGUAUGGAGAAGCGGAUGCAGCAGGCCCAGGAGCAAGUUCACAGAGCACACGGCAGCAGUGAGAGCAGUCGGAUGGUGUCCGUGGAAGAAGGGGAUUCUCUCAACGGGGGGAGGAACGGACGAUAGAACGAUCAGGACGUGGGACGUAGAGAAGGGGGCAUGCAUAAAUAGAGUCGAUACAGGGUCCCAGGUCUGCAGUAUCCUCUUCAGCGAGAAGUACAAAGAAAUAAUCAGCACGCACGGAUACCUAGAUAAUAGCGUUACAGUGUGGAAGUACUGCAGUAUGCGGAAGAUCGGGAGUAUGACAGGACACACGGAUAGAGUCCUGCACUCAGCACUCUCCCCGGACGGAAAGGUCCUUGCAACGUGCGCAGCGGAUGAGAACCUGAACUUCUGGAACCUGUUCGAGUACGCGGGAGAGGGCAGGACGAGAAGAGACUCCUCCGGGGGAUUCGGGUUCAGAUAG